AUGAGCCUUUUACGUACUUCAACAAAAUCUUUACGCCAAUCCGUCUUGCCAAGCAUGCGCUCAGCCAUGGCCGUUCGAGGAUACGCCGAUAAGCCUGAUCCUGAAUUCUCCGAACCAUUCCGUCGUGGAACUUCAAGUGGAUUCAGCAAACGUGAACAGCCCGAUAUCACAACAUCUCGCUCGCAAAGAACAGUCAAUAUUGACAACCAUCAUUUGACCUCCACUUCUCCUCCUUUCCAGGCAAACGAAGAUCAAUUCGUUCGUCAACAAGAACAAGAAAAGCUCAAAGCUUUGAGAGAAAAGCUUGACAAGCACCGCAAAGAACUUGAUGACGUUGAAACUGCAAUCAACGACCUCAACAAAUCAUCGAAGAAGUAG